AUGCCCCACAUCGAUAAAUACAUGAAUCUGCCUAUUUCACAUCAUAAUGAAGCAUCUGAAUACACAACACAAUACAGUAGUAAUAAUGAAAAAACCAUGACUAUCCUCAUGAAUCCAUCAAAACAAUGGAGUUAUACGGAACAAAUACCUCCUGUGGGCAGCAACAAAAUGGCUGUAAAAUUAAGUCAGAUUAUGAAACAAUUAUCGCGAAAAAUGUGCAGACAAUUACUACUUCCCAGUGAAUAUACAGAAUUGAAAUCUGUACCACAAUUAGAAAAAUCUCUAAAUGUCGCCAGGUCUAUUUCAAAUAGAGUUUUAUACGCUAAAUUCAACAGAAGUAAUCAACCGGAGGAACAAAAGAAGCGGAAAAAUUUGAAAGAAGAAGCCUAUGAAAACAGUGAUGAUAAUAUUGACGAGAAUAUUAUUGAUGAGUACCAGUAUAAGGAUUUUGGUUAUGGUCAGGGCGAUAAAGAAGGCGAACGCCGAGAAUUUAUUCUAAGUGUGAUGAAUAAACAUUCGCCAAGAAAACACCUUUACGGGAGUUUACCAAGAAAAACAGCAGCAUAUGCGCAGAGUAGAACACAAAAUGUUGGCACUCAAAUUGCAAGCAAGCAUAAAUCCUUUAAUGCUGGGAAGCAGUCACCACCUAGUGAGCAUUUACUUCUAUCCACAUAUGCUCCAGAGUUUAUAGGAUCGCCGACUGGACAACACUUACAAGAGGAUUUAAAUCAAAUGCUGAACCAACUCAUAAGCAAUGAACCCAAUAAGUUAAACAACAAUGUUAGCGCACAGAGCAACGAUGUCAUUGAAAAUAUUACAUCAUUCAAUAUGACAGAUUAUCCGCUGAUGAUGGACCUAAUGGAAAAUCAGAAAGGCCUCUACAACUCCACAUCAAUUCAUAAAGAUUCUGCUUGCGAGUCAGAUAAUCUGUCUACAUUAACGGACGAAUUAUAUUCAUUUAAAAAUUCAUUUGAGUUCCUUGAAUCGACAUCACAUCAGACAUUACCUAAAAUAACUACUAAUGAUUCAAUGUUUUCAUCUGCCACCUGGCAAAAAUUCAUGGAGCUAUGGAAUCGUUCAAUUAACGACGAACGUGUAUUCUGGCAAAAACAGUUACUGGAGAGAACUAAAUUUAAUUAUAAUUAUCACAAUGAUGAAGCAAUCGAUGUAAAAUCUCUUCUAAACGAUGUUAGCCGCUUUCAUACUGAAGAGCUACGUUUAUUGUGGAAACAAAUUUAUGAAAGCUGGGUACCACGUGACUAUCUACAAUACUUUUCGGAUGAAACAAGGAAAGUAUUUGUCAACUUAAAUCUUGUCAUCGAGAAAUUACUGUCCUUCAUUGAGCAAAACAGCAGUGACAGUACCUCACCGAAUCCAAUCAAUCUUCAAAGUGAUUUGAAAUGCAGCCUCACUAAGUAUAUGCACGCUCGUCUAGAAGAUCAGAAACAACCUCAGCAGACAACAAGGUGCACAGGACACAAUUUAAAUCUUGGAUUAAAUAAACGACUGUCAAACUCGUGUAGCUCGAUUGAUAAGAUCAAGAAUGUAGCUGAAGUAUCAAAGACUCAGUCGUCAGUUCAUGAGGAUCACAGAAUAAAUUUCAAUAAAAUGAGAGAAAUAUUAAAAAUGAGUCAUCAACAACUCUUAGAACAAAUUUAUCAUGUGACUGAAAUGGUCGGCGCUGCACUUGAUACAGACAUGGAAGAUGUCAUCAAUGGAGUUGACCUCGCUGGAUCAGAGAAUAAAAAUGAUAAUGGAAGAGGCAAUUUUGAUGCAAGAAGUCCAAUGGCCGCUGAUAUGCUCACGAGUCCAUCAGCUCCAGGUCUGCAAGUUGUCGCCAAACUGCAUAGUGCUAUACUUGACUUAGAAACACGCUUGGAUACAAUGUGUAAUAAUCCAAUAAUUGCUGAGAAUAUAACAAAUUCAAUUGUGGAGUGCAGCUUAAAUCAGGGAAACAAAAAUAUCGUUAACCAUGAAUCAUAUGCGUCUGAUCGUUAUCAAAAGCUGAAUGGAUGUUGUACCACAGACUUACUAGACAUAAUAAUGACCUCAGGAUCGAAUAUACACAAUGCUGAAGGUGCACAAAUCGAUGAUUUACAAAAUACACAACUCAUGAAUGUCACCGGAGAUGAUGUGAAUAUUAAAAAUCAUAUUUCAGAGGGUAUUUCCUCAGUUCCACCAGUUAAGUAGUUUACAGCAGUUGAAAUGAUAUAGACAGGCAACUUGAUGGCAAAAAAAUUUAAAUCAUUAACAGAAACAUUAGAAAAGUUACUAAAGAUUUACUGAACUAGAAAACCUUGCAAACUCAAUAAUACACUACUACUAUUCUCAAACGACUAG